AGCACUAAAUCUCUCCCUACCUCCAUUUUUACUCUCUCUCUCUCUCUCUCUCCCCAAGUUCCAUCCCAAGUGGCUAUUUUUAGUCCUCCAUAAUCCAAACUCCAAGGCAGCAGAGGAUCGGACGUACAGAAAAGAAGGCUCUUUCCAUCACGGGCUUACGAAAAGGUUAGAGACUUGAUUAAGCUGGAGCCUCUCUCUGGUUAAUUACCAUUGCAAGGAGACAAGAGGUUAGAGACAGAAACAAGGAGAGCUGAGCCGCGUGGAGUCUGGGCGGUAACGGGGAUGAAGUCACCAUUGCGAAAGUUGCGGGGCUUCGGCCACCACCACCCCAAGGAGCGGAGGGGCCACCACCCGCCGCCGGCCAAGCUCGACGAGCUCGUCUGCGCCGCCCAGGAGGUGGAAGACAUGAGAAACUGCUAUGAUGGCUUGAUUUCAGCUGCGGCCGCUACAACAAAUAGUGUAUAUGAGUUUUCUGAGGCUCUGGAGGAAAUGGGAGGUUGCUUCCUCGCAAAAACUGCACUUAAUGGCGAUGAUGAUGAUAAUGGUAGAGUGCUGAUGAUGCUGGGAAAGGCCCAAUUUGAAUUACAAAAAAUUGUAGAUACUUAUCGUUCAAAUAUUAUUCAUACAAUCACAACCCCAUCGGAGUCACUUCUCAAGGAGCUACAAACAGUAGAGGACAUGAAGCAACAAUGCGACAUGAAAAGGGAGGCAUAUGAAGCUAUGAGGGCAUCCUAUAGAGAAAAAGGAAGGUCAAAGCAUUCCAAAAUCGAGUCAUUCUCCACAGAACAAUUGCAAAGUUCUUUCGCUGAGUAUCAAGAGGAUGCAGCACUGUUCAUAUUUCGCUUAAAAUCGUUGAGGCAAGGGCAAUUCCAUAGUCUUUUAACACAGGCUGCUCGCCAUCAUGCUGCUCAGUUAAGUUUUUUCAGGAGAGGGCUGAAGUGUCUUGAGACACUCGAACCUCAUGUAAAAGCAAUAGCUGAGAAACAACAUAUUGACUACCAGUUCAGUGGUCUUGAGGAUGAUGAAUAUGAGAACGAUGAUUACAGCUCCGACCAGAAUAAUUGCAGUGACGAUGGAGAACUUAGUUUCGACUAUGAAAUAAAUGAUAAGGAUCAAGAUUAUCUUGCUUCAAGAGGUUCAAUGGACUUGGAUAGAAGAGAUGUGACAACUUCUCCACAGCCACUACAAGAAAGCAAGCAGGAGGAGGCCAAACAAACAAAGGGAGAUGUCUUAGCUCCACAAGUGAAGCCUGAGUUUUCUACGCAUUCCGCACCAAUUUUUGCGGGCAAUUUGCCAGAUCCAUCUGAGAGCUUUUGGCAAAUGAAGCCACCUUCAGCCAAGCAUUCGUACAAACUCCCAACACCAGUUGAUGACAAGAAUCCCAGAUUAAUAGGUUCUCACAGAUCACAUCAUUCACAGCAAUUUGAAAGUAAACCUCGUGUCGCAGGGAAUCUGUGGCAUUCAUCUCCAUUGACGAAAGAUUUUAAGCCGAAUGGCCAUGUUAAAAUGCCAUCAAGUACUGAGGGGUUAUCGACGUUCUCCCAGUCGAUUUCUGAUUACAAGAAAAUGAAGAGGGAAUCUUGGUCAGGUCCAAUUCCAAGCAAACCAGGGUCAAGCAAACCAUCUUCUCUGAAUGAUCACAGGUCACCCAUGACUCAGCCUCAUGCAAUGCCAGUAAAAUUGCAUGGCCAUUCUCGGCAGCCAUCAUCUGUGUCCCCAAAGGUGCCCCCUAAGAUCUUGCCACAUCCAACAAUAUCACCGAAAAUUAGUGAGCUUCAUGAGCUGCCUAGGCCUCCAGCCAAUGUGGAGUCCCUCAAACCUUCUGGCUUGGUUGGUUACUCAGGUCCCCUUGUAUCAAAGCGCCAAACUCAAACUCUUACAGGACCAGCCUGGGUCUCACCAACAACGCAAACAGCCUCGCCACUUCCACGACCGCCUGCUACCCUCACUCGCAGCUAUUCCAUACCAUCAAAUAGCCAGAGGAUACCCAUCAUCACCGUGAAUAGGUUGUUGGAGGCUAGACAUAGUAGAGAAGGCAGUGAUCUUUCUUCCCCACCACUAACUCCUUUGUCACUGGCUGAUUUGUCCCACCAGCACGCAGCAAAAAUAACUACAAGUAGCACAAGGAUGAAGGAAACCUUGUGACACAUACCAGACAAAUGCUGACUGAUCUUAGGCAAUUUCGUGUGUAAGUAGCGAUGUAUUGUAGGUUCAAUAUUAUUUCAUUCUACCGUCUGUGUUGUUAAGGGAAAGAAGUAGGACGGAAACGUUAUGUAUUUUGAUUGUUUAAUGCAAGAACAUCGAACCCCUGGUUCAGUUUCCUGCACAAGUUCUAAGAUCACAAGCUUCUUUCUCAGUUUCUUUUCAUGUUACUAUUUGUGAAAUAGUAUUUGUUAUUUGUUGAUAUUACUGGAACAAGAUCCCGUGGCUUUCUGUUUAUAGAUGCAUGGGUGAAAUGAGAAACUCUGUACAGAAUAUAAUACAUUAUGGUAAUGUUGUCUUCAA